CAGGGUGAACAGUUCUCAGGAGAAACAAAAAGAUUCGGUUCAGGGUGAACAGUUCUCAGCAGCCUCCAUUGCUGAGCAGCGGCAGUCAGGGAAACCGGUUUCUAUGGAGACGAGUUCACUGACUUCCAAACAGAGCGGGAUCAACAGCUUUUUGUCCGAUUGCACGAUGAAUUCAGAAACCUCAUUGGGUCUCGCGAAUAACGAUGAUCAACCAGGAAAAUCUGGGGUCAGGACAGGGUACAAGACACAGGAUGGGCAUAUCUCCCAGAUCCCUGGACUGUCCCCAACCAUCAGCCCCCCACACGAGGAGAAGCUCCGUGGGAGAAGAGCCGCGGUGCUGGAUGGCGACUCUGACUACGUGAAACUGGCAAAGCAAGGAGGACAUAAGGAGCUUUUGUGGCAUGAGGAAAGAAAUGUUUUUAAAACAAAUGCAUACAAACCUGCAGACUGGUUCUGCACGCAGUCAGGAGACCCCACCAUACCCAGCCAGAAAAAUAACUCUGGAGCCUACCUACCCCUAGACGCUCCCUUUGGGACCGACAACAUGUCAACAUGGGAGAGAGAUCGUGGCAACGGCAAUGGAAAAGACAAGAACCCAGACGCUAAUUACAACCAGAUGGAGGAGGUGCAGACCUCCAGUCAAUAUGAGGGCGGCAAGUAUAAGAGAACAGUAUUUGACAAGAAACCAGCACCUGUUGACAUGACCAAGCUGUUGAGUUUUGGCUAUGCGGACGACAGCAAACCGAAACAGUGAUUUGUCAAACUGGAAGACUGCCAGAUUGGGCAGACAAUGGGAGGCAUACUCUCCAAGAGGAACAGUUGCCAUCUCCUUCUGACGUUCAUUUCUAAACUUUGUCCUGCUAAGCCUUUUACUAAGUUCCGACAUCUUUAAAACAGUGAGAGUGAGUUGAUAAUUGCAGGCUCUAUAGUAUUUUUUAUUUUGCCUUUAAGUGACGCCUCAUGUGACGAUCGAUGCCUUCAUACGUCUCUUUACAUGUUAAGUAAAGAGGGGCUUUAGUUUGGAAUGUUCUGGGGGCUUGUUGCAGUUUAUGUGAAAAUGAGUGAAACAAUACUAAAAUAAAUUUUAAAUUUAAAAUGA